AUGUGCUUCUCCAUUCGAAAUCCGAUCAAUGAACCGCGAAAUCCUAAUUACGAGAAAGAUAUAGCGUACGUGACGAAAUAUAACAAAUGGGUUCUUACUUGUAUUGGCAUUUGGCCGAUAGUACUAAAAAAUAUAAAUAAAAUUUUACCGAAAAUAGUGAUUGGGAUCAAUAAUUCAUUGUGUUCUUUUAUCCUAAUCCAAAGUGCAUUGCAUAUUAUAUAUGAGGAGAAAGAUAUAUUGCUAAGAUUGAAGAUUCUCGGUUUAAUUUUUUUCUCUUUCAUAUCAUUGAUGAAAUAUUGGGCUCUAACGAUACACAAACCGGAAAUCAAAUAUUGCAUCGAACAGGUGCAAUCAGAUUGGAAACAGGUAGAGAUGGAAAAUGAUCGCGAACUUAUGUUAAAAUAUGGAAUACUCGGCCGAAAUUUGACCAUUUAUAGUAUUUUGUUCAUGUACAUCGGUAGUAUUACUUAUAUGUCUAUUACACAGUAUGCAAUGGGAUCGCAGAUUAAUGAACAUAAUCAAACGAUUAAAGUGUUGAUUUAUCCUACAUAUGGUUAUAAUAUUCAAAAAAGUCCAGUUUAUGAAAUAAUAUAUGGUGUUCAAUUUAUGUGCGGAUAUGUCGUCGACACUGUAACAUCUGGUGCUUGCGGUUUGGCAGCACUUUUCGUAACCCAUGCCUGUGGACAAAUCGAUAUUAUUACGUCUCGAUUGGAUGAUAUAGUUGCUGGACAAUUCUACAACAAAACUUUAAAUCCGAAUAUACGACUGAUGGCAAUUAUUAAACAUCAUAUAAGAAUUUUAAAAUUUUCAGCAGUAGUUGAAACAAUUUUGCAAGAAGUAUUCUUUUUGGAAUUCAUUGGUUCUACUUUUGUAAUAUGUUUGCUUGAAUAUUAUUGCAUUGCGGAUUGGGAACAAAAAAAUAUAAUUAGUCUGACAUCAUAUGUAUUACUAUUAAUAUCAUUGACGUUUAAUAUGUUCUUAUUAUGCUAUAUUGGUGAUCUUCUAAUACAAAAGAGUAGCAACAUCGGAGUAGCCGUGUUCAUGAUUGACUGGUUUCACUUACCAACAAAAACGAUUCAAAAUCUUAUUUUGAUCAUGGCUAUGUCGAAUAAUCCGGCAAAACUUACUGUCGGUAGGAUAGUUGAUUUAUCUUUGUCUACUUUUGGAAAUGUUUUAAAGACGACAUUUGUGUACUUAAACUUCCUUCAGACUGCUGUUAUGCAAUAAUCUUAUAUAAAUGUUUUUAUAACAGAAGCACGCAUGCGAUAUUAUGAGCGCAAGCUCAACAAAACCAUCACCAGACUAUUACAAACAGUCGUUUUCCAACUGUUCAACAACAUGCACGUCUCUGUUCGAGAUCCGAUCAACGAACCGCGAAAUCCUAAUUACAAGAAAGAUAUAGCUUAUGUGACAAAACAUAACAAAUGGGUUCUUGCUUCUAUUGGCAUUUGGCCAACAGUGUUAAAAAAUAUCGGUAAAAUUUUACCGAAAAUCGUGAUUGGAUUCAAUAAUUUACUGUGUUUUUUCACCCUGAUUCAAAGUGCAUUACACAUCAUAUUGGAGCAAAAGGAUACAUUAUUAAGAUUGAAAUUUCUUGGUUUAAUUUUUUUCUCCUUCAUGUCAUUGAUGAAAUAUUGGGCUUUAACACUACGCAAACCGGAAAUUGAAUACUGUAUCGAACAAGUGCAAUCAGAUUGGAAACAGGUAGAGAUAGAAAAUGAUCGCGAAUUAAUGUUAAAAUAUGGAAUAAUUGGCCGAAAUUUGACCAUCUAUAGUAUUUUGUUCAUGUACCUUAGUGGUAUUAUAUAUAUUUCUAUUAUGCAAUAUGCGAUGGGAUCGCAGAUUAAUGAACAUAAUCAAACAAUUAAAAUGUUGAUUUAUCCUGCAUAUGGCGGUUACAAUAUUCAAAAAAGUCCUACUUAUGAAAUUAUAUAUGGUAUUCAAUGUAUAUGCGAAUAUGUCUUCGACACUAUAGCAUCUGGUGCUUGUGGUUUGGCCGCUCUUUUCGUAACCCAUGCAUGUGGACAAAUUGAUGUUAUUAUGUCUCGAUUGGAUGACAUAGUUGCUGAACAGUACAAAAAAAAUUCAAAUGCGAAUAUACGACUGAUGGCAAUUAUUAAACAUCAUAUAAGAAUUUUAAAGUAAAAAUAUGAAGAAGAUGUAAGUCAUUAUUUAUUGCUUGUGAAAACUAUUAUAUGUUAUUGUAGAUUUUCAGCUGUGGUUGAAACAGUUCUACAAGAAGUGUUCUUUUUGGAAUUUGUUAGUUCCACUUUUGUAAUAUGUUUACUUGAAUAUUAUUGCAUUACGGAUUGGGAACAAAAAAAUAUAAUUAGUCUGACAUCAUAUAUAUUACUACUAAUAUCAAUGACAUUUAAUAUGUUUUUAUUAUGCUACAUUGGUGAUCUUCUAAUAGAAAAGAGUGGUAACGUCGGAGUAGCCGUGUUCAUGAUUGACUGGUAUCAUUUACCAACGAAAACGAUUCAAAAUCUUAUCUUGAUCAUGGCCAUGUCGAAUACUCCCGCGAAACUUAGUGUCGGUAGAAUACUUGAUUUAUCCUUAUCUACUUUUGGAAAUGUUUUAAAAACGACAUUCGUAUAUUUAAACUUUCUUCAGACUGCUGUUAUGUAA